AUGGCAUCUCUUGCUCUGGACCGUCCCGACGGUGCUCGCACGCCUUUCAAAGACCUCGACAUUGAAGCGAUCAAAAGUUGGAAGCUCUACACUUUCGAUCUACAACGAGCGUGGGACCAUGCCAAGCAGGCAUUCGCACACACCAUUCAGAACGUCCGUCUCUCAGAUGAGGCGGUGUUUGCCGUGACUAUCUUUAUGCCUGCUUCCCUGCGUGCCAAAUACUACCGAUAUGACUUCGACUCCCGCGGUGAUAUUCGGGAAUAUCGGAUCCCCAGGGACCCGCCGAUGGUCAUCCAGUGCCACGGAAUCAACUGGUUUCCGGUGUACCGCAUGACAAACAUACUCUGUGGAAGUUGGAACAAAGCCUGCGGGUGGCUUCGCGGCCUCGUGGCUUCAGAGAAUGUCGGCUACCACAUUGGCGAAUUUGUCGCCCCCCAGAAGCUGCUCAGGCAUGUUCCUCUCCACUGCAACUGA